AUGCUUCUGCUGCUGUUGGCCCUGCUCUGGAGGAGGGAGGGGGCCGAGGGCCAGAGCAGGCCCGGGAAGGGGCCGCAAGGGGGUUACUGGCUGCAAGUGCAGGAUGCAGAAGUGCAGGAGGGCCUGUGUGUGCGAGUGCCUUGCAGAUGCUCCUAUCCCCAGGAAGACCGGUAUGACUCUAGCCCAGCUCUCGGCUACUGGUUCCGGGAAGGGGCCUAUGCUCAGCCAGUGGCCACAAACAACCCCAGUCGUAAAGUGUGGCAGGAGACCCAGGGCCGAUUCUACCUCCUUGGAAACCCCCGGGACUACGACUGCUCCCUGGACAUCAGAGACUUACGGAGAAGUGACUCAGGGACAUACAUCUUUAGGGUGGAGAGAGGGCCUUCUGUGAGAUACACUUACACACAGAACCGGCUCUCCCUGCGUGUGACAGCCCUGACCCACAUGCCUGACAUCCUCAUCUCGGGGACCCUGGAGUCUGGACGCCCCAGUAACCUGACCUGCUCUGUGGCCUGGGCGUGUGAAUGGAGCAGGCCCCCCAUCUUCUCCUGGAUGUCAGACGCCCUCACUUCCCUGGGCCCCAAGACCCACCCUCUCUCUUCCGUGGUCACCCUUACUCCACGGCCCCAGGACCACGGUACCAACCUCACCUGUCAGGUGACCUUGCCUGGGACCAGAGUGACCACGAUGAGGACCAUCCACCUCAACGUGUCCUACUCUCCGUGGAACUUGACAGUCACUGUCUUCCGAGAAGAUGCCACAGCACCCACAGCUCUGGAGAAUGGCUCUUCUCUUUCCGUCCUGGAGGGCCAGUCCCUGCGCCUGGUCUGUGUCGUCAGCAGCAACCCACCUGCCAGGCUGACGUGGGCCCAGGGGCACCUGACCCUGUACACCCCGAGCCCGGGGGUGCUGGAGCUGCCUCGGCUAUGGGAGACAGAUGAAGGGGAAUACACCUGCCGAGCUCAGAACGCGCUGGGCUCCCAGCACGUCUUCCUGAGCCUCUCGCUGCAGAGUGAGUGCGUCUGUGGGGCGUGGCUGGAGGAGAAUCACAGCACCUGCUACCAGUCUCCGCAGCAGCACCCCCUGGCCCUUUAG